GGUUUCUUUUUUGCAGCUGAAAGAGCUCUAAAUUACUUUUUUUUUUUUUUUUUUAUCAUCUAUAUAUAUAGAGAUAAGAGAGCUCUCUCAGCUCUAUUUUUAAAAAAAAAAAAAAAAAAAGCUUUCUCGGCUCUUUAAAAACCAAAAGAAUUUUCUAUAUAAUUUUAUUUUAGAGAGCUCUUCCAGCUCUUUAAAAAACAAAAAAAUUCUCUAAACUGAAAAUAUAUAUAUAUAUAUAUACACAAUUUUUUUUUAGAGAGCUCUCUAUGAGAAAUGAACAAAUAAAAAUAUAGAGCAGCUGGGAGCUCUAAAUUCUUAUACGUUCUUUUUCUUCUACUCUUCCAUUUCCUUUCUGGAAUAAAAAAAAUCCUUCAAUCUAGUUUGCAUAUUUCCUUUGUUCUUUUCUUGGUUUUAAAUUUCUUCUACUCCUCCAUUUCCUUUCUGGAAUAAAAAAGUCCUUCAAUCUAGUUUGCAUAUUUCCUUUGUUCUUUUCUUAGUUUUAAUUUCUUCUACUCUUCCAUUUCCUUUCUGGAAUAAAAAAAUCCUUCAAUCUAGUUUGCAUAUUUCCUUUGUUCUUUUCUUGGUUUUAAAUUUCUUCUACGCUUCCAUUUCCUUUCUGGAAUAAAAAAAUCCUUCAAUCUAUGCAUAUUUCCUUUGUUCUUUGUUCUCUUGUGCAACGCCAAGGAUAUAUAUAUAUAUAUAUAUAUACAUACCUAUAGAUGAAAAAAAAAAAAAAAAAAAAAGGUAUAAAUAUGUGUAAGUGGUAUUGUGCAUUUUCCCUAAAAAGAAUUCGGUUUCUUUUUUGCACCUGAGAGAGCUCUAAAUUGCAUUUUUUUUUUAAAUCAUAUAUAUAUAUAUAUAUAUAGAUAAGAGAGAUUUCUAUAAAAAUUUCGAGCUCUCCCAGUUCUUAUUUUUUAUUUUUCUUUUUUAGAGAAAGCUCUCUCAGCUCUUUAAAAAACAAAAAAUAAAAAAAAUAAAAAAAAUAAAAAAAAUUCUAUAUAACUUUAAAAAAAAAAAAAAAAUCUCUAAACUAAAAUCAUAUAUAUACAAUUUUUUUUAGAGAGCUCUCUAUGAGAAAUAAACGAAUAAGAAUUUAGAGCAGCUGAGAGGUGUCAAUUCUUAUUUGUUCUUUUCUUCUAUUCAUCCAUUCCCUUUUUGGAAUAAAAAAAAUCCUUCAAUCCAGUUUGCGUAUUUGCUUUGUUCUUUUCUUGGUUUUAGAGAAUUGUCUUUUCAUCUGAUGCCGCCUUUUGUACCACGCCAAGGCUCUAUAUAGAUCAUAGAUGAUGAUAAAAAAUAAAAAUAAAAAUAAAAAUAAAAAAGGAUAGAAAAAUUGUAUAAAUAUGUGUAAGUGGGAUUGUGCAUUUUUCCCCAAAAAGAAUUCGGUUUCUUUUUAGUAGCUGAGAGAGCUUUGAGCUUUGAACUUCAUUUAUUGGGACAUCGUCAUUGCUCGCAAUAAUUAUGGGUCGCCAACUUGGAUUCAUUGUUCGUGAACUUCUUGACAAAAAAAACUACCUGGACUGGAGCGUUGGGGUGAAAACCUACUUGAUGGGUGAAGAUCUCUGGGACAUUGUGGAAUCCAUGGAUGAACCUCCAAAACCCAAAGAUCGUCAUGCAUUCAAGUAUUGGAGGUCCAAGAACGCCUCUGCCCUCCAUGCUAUCCAAAUUUCUUGUAACACUGAUGCUUUCUCUAAGAUCAGAGAUAUGACUUCUGCCAAAAAAGCUUGGGAUACUUUGGAAAAAGAAUUCAAUUCUGAAUCAGAAUCAGAAUCCGAAGACGACGACGAAGUGAAAAUUCCAAACGAUCAAUACCAACAAUACGAACGGUUUCACAAAGCUCUGCAAGAUGGAGACCGAAAUGCUACAAAGGAAUUCAUUACGCAAUACCCAGAUGCAGUAAGAAAAAAAAUCACGACACGUACAAGGAUGACGGCCCUUCAUGUCGCGGCCACGGCCGGACAUACAGAAAUUGUGGAGACACUGGUGGAAAAGAUGUCACCAGAAGACUUGGAAAUGGAAGACUCAAGUGGUAAUAUAGCUCUUACAGCAGCUAUUAUUUACAAUGCAGAUUUCAAAAUAGCCGAAUGCAUGGUUAAAAAGAACAAGAAAUUACCAACCAUGCUUGAUCAAGAGGGGACGAUGCCGGUGGUAUUGGCCUUUCAGUAUUGUCAUACUGAAAUGGGUCGUUAUCUAUAUUCAGUUGCAUCGAUGGAAGAUUUAAUAUUGCCGGACAAUCUUAAACAUGCUGCUGAGCUCAUAGACCAAGCAAUAAUUACGAAAUGUCAUGAUGUUGCUUUGCAUCUUCUUCAGCUUUGUCCACUGUUGGCCACAACUUUUGAUUUGUCUGAAAAUACUCCUGUGUAUACAUUAGCAGUAUGUCCAAGAGGACGCCCGCUCAAAUUUUGGCAAAAAUGGAUAUAUGAAUCUAUAGUUAUAGAUGGAGACCGCGUCAUUAAAGAGAUAUAUACAAAGCUCUCCACCAAUACUAAAAUGAACUCAGAUACGGAAUUACACGGUGAAGUUUGGUCAUUACAAAGUGUCGCAAUGCACUUCGACAUUUUAGGGUUCAAGAAAAUAUAUAAAAUGAAAUUGGUCCACAUUCAAUACUCUGCACUUCUACGGCAAAUGUGCGAAGAAACAAAAAAAUUAAAUAAAACCCAAAUAUCAAGAUCAGAUAUUAUCGAUGCACUUUUUGAUGCUGCAGAAGAGGGACAUUUUGAAUUUGUUGAAAGUAUAUUAAAAUCGAAUCCAGAUCUAGCGGAGUCCUACGAUGAAUCUUCGAGGAACGUAUUUAUGGUUGCAGUUCAAUAUCGCCAGGCAAAAAUUUUUAGCCUUAUUCAUGGAGUUGGCUCCAAAUUAUCAGCAACAAAUCAUGUAGAUGAUGAUAGAAAUAACAUGCUACAUAUGGCUGGCUUAUUUUUGCCUCCCCCACAACUUGAUCGUAUUUCAGGAGCUGCUUUACAAAUGCAGAGUGAAUUACAAUGGUUUAAGGAGGUGGAGUCAGUUGUACCUCCAUGGACACAUGGACACACAAACAAUGAGGCCUUGACACCAAGACAACUAUUUACAAGAGAACACAAACAAUUGUUAUCUGCUGGAGAAAAAUGGAUGAAAGAGACAGCAACUUCAUGUACUGUUGUUGGUGCACUCAUUGUUACAAUCAUGUUUGCUGCAACAUUCACUCUUCCUGGUGGGAAUGAUGAAAAAACUGGUUACCCAAAGUUCCUUGAUGACAAAACAUUCAUUCUCUUCAUCAUAUCAGAUGCGAUCUCACUUUUCUCUUCCACUACUUCAGUUUUGAUGUUUUUGGGAAUCCUCACUUCAACAUAUGCUCAAGAUGAUUUCCUCAAAUCUUUGCCUAGGAAGCUCAUGAUUGGUCUUGGCACACUUUUCCUCUCCAUUGCAGCAAUGAUGAUAUCUUUCUGUGCUGCUGUUUCCAUGAUGCUUGGUGAUAACAAUUCUUGGGUUGCGUUUUUAAUCAUUUCUCUGUCUAGUAUUCCAGUUACUUUGUUUGUUUUGAUGCAAUUUCCUCUUCUUAUUGAGAUUUACCUUUCGACUUAUCGGCCUAGUAUCUUUGGUAGAAAGCCAUGAAGUUUAUUAU